GAGUAAUGUUCUGUGGGCCAAUGAGCGGACAUGAUCUCCUGAGCUCAGAUUUCUUACAGUAUCGUUUGCGUGUUUGUGGAUGGUGCGGCAUGGGACAUCGUAAUCAGAUGAGUGCAAGGGGAAGGGGUCCGAGUAUUUUUAUACUUCUGCAAGGGCAUCCCCUCCUUUGUUGGAACUCUAUUUCACUGCUUUGGACCCUGAUAUUUCGUCUAAGUUCUCCCUUGGGUCUCUUUGCUCUUGGCAUACAAACAUUUAUGUGGUAGUCGUCCUUCAGUGGUAUUGGCCACAUCACGGUCGUUAUUUUUAUUUUUGCAACUUCUUUUUGUUUGGCGGAGUGAUUAAUCAUGACAGACGAGCAGAAGGAUAAGAGGCAGAGUUUGGAGGUGCCUGGUGCUGAGAGUGGAGGAGAGGCAGCUGCAGGGCCAGGCUCGACAAGUGCUAGUCGACAAGAGAGGAGUGUCACACCUUCAGCCAGAGCUGCGGAAGCAGAAGGAAUGGGGGCUCCAACUUUGCAAAGAGCAGGAACAUUACCACCACCGCGAGCGAGAUCCGAGGAUGCAGAAAAUGCCACCCCUUUCAAUCGCCGCCGAGGACGAACCAUAUCCGCACGAGAUAAAGCUCUCGACCCCCGUCCAAUGUCUCCUCGAUCACAAUUGUUCAAACGGCCAUCUCGAGGUAGGGGGGACAGUAGUGGCAGAGAAGGCAGCAUGGAACCAAUACCGGAGAGCAGACAACAACAAUCGAGCACGAGUAGACCGAGAAGAAGCACAGCUUCCGAGAGACCUUCGUUCAUUUCACCCGGCAUGCGUCCAAGAAUGAGUACAUGGGCUGUUGGACCAGAUCCGGUGCGGGGCAACUCGAUACAACGCAGACCUACAAUUCUCAUAAAUCCUCCUGCUCAGACGACAGGUCGAGACAUGGAUGCUCAAUCAGCGAACUUUACGCUAGCUGGAGCAGCCCCUAUGGAUCAAAUUGCAGCCAACCAGCCAUAUGUUGAUCCAGGAUACGCGGAUCUGAAUCCUGCGUACGACCAACCUGUCAAUGCUCGUCCUGUCUGGGGUCUAGCAAAACCUCUCCCCCGUGUCAUUCGACCUGGCAUGGUGCCAACGAGGAGUGAGCUCAAACUUCAGAUCCCAGAGGCAGAACAGCAGAAACAAGAUGCAGCAAAUAUUGAUCUCGAGCAAGGCAGAGUGCAAGCAACCUUGAAUCCCAGCAAAAUAUCACCACAACUGCAACAAGCAAGGCGGGAGCGAGAGAAUCGUUUGAUGCAAACAUAUAGCCGAACCGGUCUAUCGCCCAUCUCACCAAUUAAUCAAAGACCUUCAAGCGUGCUUUCUCCUUCUUCUCAAGUCAUCGAAGAGGAAGGGGAGCAAGAUCUCGGUACAGCACAUCCACACACAGAUCUUGCUCCCGUCCUCGAGCAACCCACCCCAGGUCCUACUCGCCCCGGCUCUCCCGAAGAACAACAACAGCAACAACAACCAGACCUCUCGCACUGGAUCCCCGACGACGCUUCCUCAAUCCUAACCGCGAAGGAAGAUGAGAAUGAAGGUGCCCUAGACGGGGAUUGGAUCGGUGAAGAAUUCCCCCUCAAAGCCUACGAUCCCGAAACAGACGAGAUCCACAACCUCCACACGCACUGGUCUGUAAUACGUUUGCGCUUCCGAGAACCGCUCGCCGAACUCCUCGCCGUCACAGUCCAGCUCACUCUCGGAUUCUGCGCCGAUCUAGUGGUCACAACAUCCGCCUCCAAAGCCGGCAACGAAGAAACUACCGACUGGGCCUGGGGCCUCGCCACCAUGGUCGGAAUCUACAUCGCAGGUGGCAUAUCCGGCGCUCACUUAAACCCCGCUAUAUCCAUCAUGUUGUACAUAUUCCGCGGCUUCCCCCUCCAAAAAGUACCCAUCUACAUCGCGGCCCAAAUCUUGGGUGCUUUCCUCGCUGGUUUGAUAGCUUUUGGCCUCUAUCAAAAAGACAUCAUCGCGUAUGGGGGCGCGGAUCUCGCGAAUUCUGGCACGUUGAGUAGUUUUAUCACGUACCCGAGAUAUGAAUGGAUCGACGCCUCAACAGCCUUCUUCACCGAGUUCACAGGGACGGCCAUCCUAUCCGUCGCCGUCCUGGCCUUGGGAGACGAUACCAACGCCCCGCCCGGCGCGGGAAUGAAUGCCUUUGUCUUGGGCCUCAUCAUCACGGUCCUGUCGAUGGCGUUUGGAUAUAAUACCGGGGCGGCGAUGAAUCCAGCCAGAGAUCUAGGGCCGCGAUUAGCGUGUCUAGCGGUCGGGUAUGGAAGUGAGAUUUUCAAAAAUGGGUAUUGGAUCUAUGGGCCCUGGGUGGGCACCAUUACGGGGGCGUGCUUUGGGGCGUUUUUGUAUGAUGCGGCGAUCUUUGUGGGGGGUGAGAGUCCGGUUAAUUAUCCAAGGAGGAGGAUUGUGAGGGCGGGGAGGAAGUGGAAGAGGAGGUGGGCGGGGAGGAUUAGGAGGGGAAGGGGGAGGUGGACAGACGGAUUAUCGAAGCGUGGAAGAGAAUGGAACGAAAGUAGAUUGAGAUUAGUUGGGGAGUGGUUGGCCAGUAGAUGA